AUGAGGACCUUACUUUACGCCACGCUUACUGCUGUUGCCGCCACCAAGGUGGCUGGACAUGCCCUUUUCCAGGCCCUCUGGGUUGAUGGACACGGCACUCAAUGUGUUCGAAUGCCAUCGUCGAAUAGCCCCGUUACUAAUGUCAACAGCCCCGACAUUCGAUGCAAUGCAGGCACCAGGGGUAUUUCGGGCAAAUGUGCAGUGAAGGCUGGCUCCACCGUCACCGUUGAGAUGCACCAACAACCUGGUGACCGAAAGUGCGGGAGCGAAGCCCUUGGCGGAGCACACUAUGGUCCAGUCAAUGUGUACCUUAGCCAGGUCUCUGAUGCCUCGACGGCUGAUGGAUCGACUCCAUGGUACAAGAUCUUCGCCGACUCGUGGUCGGAAAAGGGGUCAGUGGGUGAUGCGGACAACUGGGGUACUAACGAUCUCAACACUUGCUGCGGCAAGAUGGACGUCCCGAUCCCCGCAGACACACCUAGUGGUGACUACCUCCUUCGUGCCGAAGUGAUCGCUCUCCAUACCGCCUCAUCGGCUGGAGGUGCCCAGUUCUAUAUCUCUUGUUACCAGCUUAAGGUCGAGGGCAACUCAGCCAAGGCCGCUGCCCUACCUGCGGGCGUCUCGUUCCCAGGUGCGCUCAAGUCGAGCGACCCAGGAAUUCAGAUCAACAUUCAUGCCAAGAUCAGCAAUUACGUGAACCCGGGACCGGCUGUCGUUGCUAGUGGUACCACGAAAGAAGCGGGAUCUGGCUGCGCUGCUGGAUGCGCGAAGACGUGCGCUGUGGGCUCCGGCCCCGUCGGGACUGCCAUCGGGUCCGCUCCCAAGCCAACCUCCGGAGCUGGGAACUCAGGUGGCUCGUCUGGCUGUGCGCAGGCUAGGUAUGAGCAAUGUGGUGGGCAAGGUUACACGGGAUGCACGGCAUGUGCGGAUGGCCUUACCUGUCAAGACGUGUCGGCCCCGUAUUAUUCCCAAUGUGCCUAAAGUAAGGGAAAAAGAUAGUACUAACACUUCAUUCACAUUACCUAAGUGGACACCUAUGUACCUAGCAUUUCCCAUCUAGUCCUUAUUCAAGGCAAUUAGGCGAAUCAGGGGGUAGAUUUAGCAUGGUUUAACGAUGGUGUUGGCUGGUUGGUCCGUGCCUCUCUCUCUCCCUGUCUAUUUGGCAUUUGCGAAUCUUUGGUGAUCCGAAAUCAUCCGUACCGUACCCGCCCCGUCGUAUCCGUUAAUUCAUUCAUCUAUCCAUAUCCAUUUUAUUUCUGAAAAUACUCACCCAGUGAUCAAAUAUAAAUCCUGCUUAAUAGCUCUGUGAAUUGAACUUCUAAA